CGAGUCCACGUUAUUCUCACUGUCUGCCUCCGUUCUAGUUCCCCUCCCUCCGUCCCUCCCCCCUCACUCCCUUUCUCUUCCUUGGCUUACAGUAUACCCCUAUCUCCCAUAAGCAUCAGCAAUAUCUCCAUCGGUCCACGCAAUACUCAGCGCUACUUCGGAGCAAAACAUGGCAUUUCUGCGCGCCGAAGAGCCGCUCUCCGCCACUGCGUACCUAUGCGGCUUUCUGUUGAUCACCUCGGCCUGGGUGGUCGUGCCGGGACCAGUGCUCUGUGACAGCGGGGGUUUAAACCGGCGCGGCGUGGAGCACCGUACGUUGGACAUGGGUGGCGGAGACAGACGAUCUUUGUCUGGCUUAGCCACGGAUCCGGACGAGCAAGCCGUCGCGGAAGAGAGCUCACCCCGCUUCAGGAGAGAGCUGUCCCGGGAAAAACAAAUGAGCCUGCACAGCAGCUCGUUCGUUCUCAAAGGGGAUGCGACCCACAACCAGGCGAUGGUCCACUGGACAGGAGAGAACAGCAGCGUCAUCCUGAUCCUGACCAAGUACUAUCAUGCUGAUUCCACCAAAGUGCUGGAGAGCUCACUGUGGAGGUCUGCUGACUAUGGCACCACCUACACCAAACUCAACCUGAUGCCAGGGACAACUAUUGUGGUGACCAGCUUUUAUAUCUGUCCAAACAACAAAAAAAAGGUAGUGCUGGUAGGUUCAUCCACAAAUGAAAGGGAUCAGAUGCUGUUUAUCAGCACAGACGAAGGUUCCUCCUUUCAGCGGCUGUCCAUCUCCUUCAUGCCGGACACUCUCAUCUUCCACCCCAAGGAAGAAGACAAGCUCUUGGCCUACUGUAAAGAUGGCAGGCUCUUUGCUUCGAUGGACCUGGGCCGCACGUGGACUUUGCUUCAGGAGCGUGUGAACAAGGACAAAUUCUUCUGGUCAGUAUCUGAUGUGGAUAUGGACCCUGAUCUGGUGCACAUGGAAAUGCAAGACACAAGUGGAGGUCAUCUGUACGUUACCUGUCUCAUCCAAAACUGUUCGGACAAAAUGGUUAAGGCUCAGUUUCUUGGAAAAAUAGACCACAACUCACUGCUGGUGAAGGACGACUACAUAUUUGUCAAGGUCACCUCAGGGAAUCCUACCAAGCACUUUGUCUCCUAUCGGCGCAACGAGUUUGUCCAGAUGAGGUUUCCCAAGUAUGCCUUGCCAAAGGAUGUUCAGAUAGUGAGUACAGAUGGGAACCAGGUCUUCCUCGCCCUCCAGGAGUGGUACCAGUCAGACACAUAUAACUUGUACCAGUCUGAUCCCCAGGGCAUCUACUACUCCAUUGUCUUGGAAAAUGUUCGCAGCACCAAGCAGCCAGAGGAGAAUGUCCUCCUUGAUAUACUUGAGGUGCGUGGAAUAAAAGGGGUCUUUCUUGCCAAUCAGAAGAUUAAUGGGAAAGUGACAACUCUCAUCACCUAUAACAAAGGACAAAACUGGGAACCGUUGGUCCCACCUACGACUGACAUGAACGGCAAGCCACUCAGCUGCAAAGCACCGGACUGUCACCUUCACCUCCACCUUCGCUGGGCAGACAACCCCUACGUGUCUGGGACAGUCCACACCAAAGACUCAGCUCCAGGUCUCAUCAUGGGUGCAGGUAACCUUGGCUCCAAACUCGUAGAGUACAAGGAAGAGAUGUACAUUACUUCAGACUGCGGAAAGACAUGGCGACAGGUUUUUGAGGAGGAGCAUCACAUUCUGUACCUAGACCAUGGUGGGGUAAUUGUUGCCAUCAAGGACACCUCUAUUCCUCUCAAGAUACUCAAGUUUAGUAUUGAUGAAGGACGAACGUGGACCAUUCACAACUUCACCAGCACCUCUGUGUUUGUCGAUGGUCUCCUCAGUGAGCCAGGAGAUGAGACCCUGGUUAUGACUGUGUUUGGGCACAUAAGCUACAGGUCAGACUGGGAGCUGGUCAAAGUGGACUUCAGGCAGUCUUUCUCCCAUCAGUGUACAGAGUCUGAAUAUGAGCUCUGGAAACUCACUGACCUGCAGGGGGAAAAGUGCAUUAUGGGCCUGGAGCGAAGUUUCAGGAAAAGGAAGGACACAGCGUUCUGUGUCAAAGGAAAGAGCUACACAUCAGCGCUUGACACUAAACCAUGUCAAUGCACAGAUAGAGACUUCAACUGUGACUAUGGUUUUGAACGAUCUCCAACGGAAGGCAAUCACUGCUUGGCUGACUUCUGGCAUGAUCCAGAUUCACCACCUGAAGAUUGCCAUCUAAGACAAACCUAUACGCCCAGCACUGGCUACAGGAAGGUUAUAUCUAACAUGUGUGAAGGAGGGCUUAACAAGCAGCACAGUAUCAAACACCACAGUUGCCCUCUUUUGCCCCCGAAAGGACUGCGGGUCAGCAUCAAAGGUCAGAUGAUGGCUGUUGCUCCUGGCGAUGACAUCACAUUCAUUGUCCACCAGGACGAGGGUGACACCAGCAGCACUCGGUACCAGGUGGACCUCGGCGACGGGGUUUGGGCCAUCUACCAGAACCUGACAGUGACUGAUGAGCCCAUCCAACAUCGUUACAACAAUCCAGGCAUUUACAAAGUCACUGUGAAGGCCGAGAACAUGGCAGGGAAAGAUGAGGCCACCAUGUUCAUCCAGGUCACAGCUCCCUUGCAGAAAGUGCACCUGGAGGUGGUACCCAUCACUGGGAGAAACCAUGAGGUUAACCUGACAGCAAUAGUCCUUCCUACUGAGGCCAACCUGUCUGUCUUCUACUGGUGGAUUGGAGAUAACCAGAGGCCUACACUGACUCUGCAGAACAGCCUUUGGACUCGUUUCCCAGAGACAGGCGAGGUUUCAGUCACUGUCCAAGCUUCUAAUGGCCGGUCUAUGGUACAGGACACCAGGACAGUCCGAGUCUACGAUAACUUCCAGGUCAUCCCUCUGAGUUUCAGCACAAGCCUGGACAACUUCAACCCCAACAUUCCAGAUUGGAGAGAGGACAUCAGUCAGCUGGUCACCAAAAUACUUGUUAAGACCACAAGUAUUCCUUUGGAGUCACUGGCUACGGUGGUGAAGCCAGGCCUCCCCACCACUGCUGACUUGUAUGUCCUGCCACUGGACAGGGAACCAGCUAAGAUGAACACGUUUACAGAUAAGCGCAUUCCACUUAUCAUACAAGCCUUCAACGGCAACAAUGUCAGCUUUGUUGUGCGUGGAGGUGUACGAGUGCUGGUGAUGCUAGCUGACCCGAACGCGGGCUACCAUGCAACAUUUGGAAGUCCAGGUUUUUGGACUCUAGCAGUGACUUUUGCAAUCAGCAUCAUUGCCACCGGUUCCUUCAUCCUUUACAAGUUCAAAAGUCCUUGUCUUUGGACUGAGGAUUCCUUUCCCCUGCUGUUUUUCAGGAAGCUCCCGGGUAGCCGCAACGUCUACGCUCAGAUGCACAACGAGAAGGAGCAGGAGAUGACCAGCCCUGUCAAUCACAGCGAGGCCACCCAGCAUAUCAUCCAGGGUGAGGAGUUCAUUGACGAUGACCUGGACUCGCAGACUCUAGGCAGUCAUUCCGGUGUUGUCCUGAGCAUCAACUCCAGAGAACUCCACAGUUACUUGACCAGCUGAUGGCUGCCAUGGCAAUGCAAACGAGCUAGACUAGCAGAGUUGGCGAAGAGACACAGGACUCCCCUCGGCCUCCCUCCUCUCUCCUCUACUUCUUCCUUUUUACCUUCACGCCAUGGCCUCCAGAACCCUUCACCUCCAGCUAUGAUGUGAUUUUGUUUUGUUUUUUAUCUUUGAGGUGAAGGCUUGUUGCAGGAUGUGGAGGCCUUGGAUGGCAACACACUGAUGACACUCGCUUAUCUGAAUUGAAAAGGAAAAAAAUGUGUACGUUGUCUAUCACUUACAGACACUCAACAACCGCGACUAACCAAACUGGUUUCCAGCUACAUCAGUCUGAGAGGGUAGAGCCAUCCAAUACCAAGAGGUCAUUGCCACUGAAAUUAGGAAGUGUCCAAAAGUAGUGCACUACGAUGAUUUUUUCAAGCAUUGAGAGUAGUAUGCGUAACAAUCAAUUUUAAAAGAAACCAUCUUAAUUUUAUUUCUUGUUUUAUUCACUGCAUCGCAAUAAUGGUCUCCAAACUGAAGGAUACACUGGACAAUUUGCAUAUGACAGUGUUAGCAUGAAAACAUUAGAUGGCGUUGUUGCACUUAAAGUCACAGUGCAACAACGUGCAGUGCAACAGCCUGGAAUAUUCUAUACUGUACGUCCACAGAGCAAUGUUCCUUUUUUAUCCCACGGCGUUCGUGUUCUUGUACUGUUUAUCACUCACAUUUCUAGGAGGUUUUUCAAGUGAACUUCAGAGACAAAAACCUUUUUGAUAGAGCUCAUCGUGUGGCCCAUGGUGCUUCAGAAAAAAAAUGUAUCUGCACAGUAAUACUUCCAGUUGUCAAGAUUGAUUUCUAAAUUAGACUGUCCCUUCAUUGUACUGCCCCAAUCUUUCUGGGUCAGAGUUCAAAAUGGACUCCCCUGGACCCAAAUGCCCCUUUGAAGGAAUGUCUAGCUCAUGUAUUUAACUUUAUUAGCCUAUAUUAGGCAAAACCCACAGUGGAAUGAUGCCGGCUUUAUGGUUUGUUGUACAUGUUCCCUUUGACAUGAGUGUGCGAGUGUUUUUAAAGUACUACCAAAAUGCAUUUUGGAUCAAAUAUGUUUGCUCAGUUCCCUCCAUUGUAUCAUGUAUCCAUUUAUAGAAUUUCUUUAUUAAGUUAUGUGCAAGAUCAUUUUAUGGUCUUAUUAACUGGAAAUAGUUUCCCUUUCACGUAAAGACUCACACAGUGACUGUUUAUGGAUAUAUUUGAUACACAACUUAUUCAGCUUAUGUAAACAUUAUGUAAACUGUUUUUCUUUGUCUGGUAAUACUACGAUGUAAGAAUACUGUCGAUAUGAAUCAAACAAAGCAUCUUAACAAGUCCACAGACUUUCAAUGAAAGGUUUCUAGCUGUAAAGCUCGUACAAAUGCUACCUUUAACACCAAUAUCACCUACCUUUUUUUCUUUUCUUGAUACAUAGAGUAGUCACUUAUAACACACACAGUCACACACACACGUUCUGAUUUAACCCUUUUGUACAUAUUCUGCUUAUGUUCUGAAUUUGGUUGUGAUAAGUGGUCAUUUAUUUGUGCCCCUAAAUUUAACAAAGGGGAAAGUGGUAAUUACGAUAUUCCAGUGAAGGGUAGAAACAGAGGCCAAGACCAUGACUACACAAGGUCUAGCCAACACGUUAAAGAACUUUUAUCUUCACAAUUGGGGUAAAAAGCCAUCAUUCUUUUGGGCUUGUCUGACGUUUUGAUUUUCUCAUUAAAAUAAUUGUUUGUCCUCAUCGGGAGGCAUAUUGCACUCAA